AUAAAACCUCCCUUGGCACCCUAUCGUACGCCUUCUCAAGAUCAAUAAACACCAUAUGAAGGUCAUUUACUAUUAGAAAUUGAUAUUAUGUUUGCAUAUCUUAAAGCUGGUUUGGUUGCCUUACACAACAGGUGCUUGCUCACAUCCCAAGUUCUCUAAGGUUUGAUAUCUUAAAAGCUUUGGUAAAGAGUAGCAACUCUUCUUCCAUGAUUGGAAUUCUUUUAGAUCUUGUAAGAAGGGAAAUGCUUGCAGAACACAGUAAAAGAACCUCAAUGCACAAAAUAGGGUUGAAAUCUAAAGCUAAUGCUUCAAAACACCCAAUAUUUUGGGAUGAUGGCAUUCUUGACUUAGUGGAGUUGGUUUUGAAACCCCCAACGGGAGGCCCUCCAUGCCUUCCGGAGUACACUGAUGCAGUUCUGGCAGCACUCAACCUCUACAGAUUUGCACUGAUUUCAGAGUCAUCUGGGAACACGAACCACACCGGUGUGCUCUCCAAGGAGAAACUACGAAAGGCGCUCGGUGAAUGGUUCUUGCCCCUUCGCUCAUUAGUCACCGGAAUCACGGCGGAGAACCAGACCGAUAGCGAUCAACUGGCAUCCCAUAUGAUAUGUUCCCUAAACCCUCUUGCAUUCGUUUUAUACAGAUGCAUUGAAUUGGUUGAAGAACGUUUGUAGUUUCCGGGGGUAGAAUUUCAAACGCCAUGACAGUGCACUAGAAUCAUUUCCACAAAGGGGAAAAAUGAUUCUUAUUAGUAUAAUGUUUUUUUUAAUAUAAAUGGAUUUGAAGGGUUCAGACACUAAGGGCAUGUUUGGUUGGAAGGGAGGGAAUGGGAAAUUAGUUCUGCUUUUUUCUUCUUUCCUCUUGCUCUUAGGCGUAUAGUAAUUAAAACUUUGGACAAAAGUUACAUGCAUUUCCUUUCUCUCUUCCAACCAAACAAGGUGAGGAAACUUUUGGACAAAAUACAUAGAAGUUUCUGUACUAUGUAAAAAUAUUUAAAUUAGUCACUGUACCU